CACUGCUGACUUUACCAGUCAGCUAUUAUCGGAAUUUUUGUGUUUAUGUUUUUUUUUACAUUCGCAUCCAAAGCAUGUUCGCUGUAGGUGUUGUGGGCGUAUUUUGAACACAUAUGUGAACGUGUGUGUGCUCAAGAUAAGCGGCCAGUGCAAACAGUAAUUAAGAUACACCCGUAUAUAGAAUAUAACAAACCGUGUCAGUACAUCGUCGCCGCUAGUUAUUAUUCUAAUAAGAUUCUCAGCCAACACGGAAUGAAUUGCGUGUGCCUACAGUAAAUUUUAUAGAUCUAGAGUAGCAUGGGAUGUGCCAUGCUUACGCCUACAGACAAGUGUGUAAUGUUAACACCUGCGAAUUCAUUCGGCAUACAAGAAACGUGAUCACACUUUACACACACACUCUGACACACACUGACGCGCGAAUGUAAUCCAAUCAGAAGUGCAUGAAACGAAAUUGCGCUUGAAUUCUCGCUGAUGAAUUAUGCUUGCCGCAGCUGUUUUCCUUAAAUAUACCAAGCAAUUUAAUUAAAGUGCGCGACAGUGUGAAUCGAAGUGAUUGCCAGCGAUUCGGCAAACCAUCAUCAUCGAUCAGCCCAAUUGGAAUUGAUGAAUUGCUAAUAGCCGGCCGAAUUUAAUUUAAAAAUAUAACAGAAAGAUGAAGGCCUCAAUUGAUAAGGAUUUGCUGCCUAUGAAGGCGCAUUACUUUCUCUUCAAUGCCGGCACCGCACCCGUUGUACCCUUUAUGCCGCCACUGGCGAAACAGCUGGGCUAUUCCGAUGUCGUCGUUGGCACCAUGUACAUGAUAUUGCCCAUUGUGGGUUUACUGGCAAAGCCGCUCUUUGGCUACAUAGCGGAUCGCUACCAUCGACAUCGAUUUCUCUUUCUGGCUGGACAACUGAUCACCGCUGUGGCCUUCUUUAUGGUGAUGUUUGUGCCGGCUGUGGAGAAGCCUCAGUUCCAUUGCCACGCCGGGGUGUCCAACAUACGCUACUGCUCCAACUAUCCAAAGGAUGCGGAGACGCAACUGGAGGCAUUCUAUGGGAACCGCACGCUCACCUGCAACAUGGCAUGUCAAAUGGAGCCAGACAUGUGGGACAUCGUCUGCCAGCACUGGCUCAAAGCAAAUCCGCUGAGCGACUGUCAGGCGAAUCGAACGAAGAACACGCUCAAUUUUUCCACCUACAUCGAUAUGAAAGGUUUGAUCGAGGAGGCGAAUGGCAAUAUGAGAUGCCUGAAUUUCCUCAUUCCGCACGACCUGGGCACGAUCGACUCCCGCAAUGUGACGCUCUACUGCCCCAAGGACAAGCCGAUGUUCCAGUCCAGCUGCCAGAUGGAGUGCAACGAUACGUUCAUCAACGAACUCCUGCCCGACAGCUCGGUGAUCAAUAUGGGCAACGCUGUUGCUCUGCCCGAGUUCUGGUUCUUCUUUGGCAUGCUGAUCAUCAGCUGGAUAGGCAUGGCCGUCGUGGUGAGCAUCGGCGAUGCCAUCUGCUUUGGCAUUCUGGGCGACCGACAUCAUCUCUAUGGCAGGCAGCGGCUGUGCGGUUCCCUGGGCUGGGGCAUCUUCGCCCUGCUCGCCGGCCUGCUGGUGGACACGAUGUCCAAGGAGGGCAGCAUUGACAAGAACUAUACGAUUGUCUUCUGGAUGACGCUUAUCAUACUAGGCUUCGAUAUGCUCGCCUCCACCAAGCUGAAGCACACCCAAACGCACAUGUCGGCCAACAUCCUAAGGGACGUGGGUCAAAUGUUCCUUUCAAUACGUUGCGUCGUCUUCUUCCUCUGGUGCGUGGCCAUUGGCCUGGGCACAGCGCUGAUAUGGAACUUUCUAUUCAUCUAUCUGGAGGAGCUGGCGCAGCCGUUCGACCAUGGCGCCAACUUCAUCAAGACGCUGGAGGGCCUCGUCAUGAGCAUUCAGUGCUUUGGCGGCGAGCUGCCCUUCUUCUUCAUGUCCGGCUGGAUACUGAAGCGCAUCGGGCAUGUGAAUGCCAUGAGCCUGGUGCUGUUCGGGUUCGGUGUGCGCUUCAUAUUGUACUCGAUGCUGCAGAAUCCCUGGUACAUACUGCCCAUUGAGCUGCUCAAUGGCGUCACCUUUGGGCUCUUCUAUGCGACAAUGGCUUCCUACGCCAGCAUCGUCGCUCCGCCAGGCACGGAGGCUACCAUGCAGAGUCUUGUGGGUGCGAUCUUCGAGGGCAUUGGCGUCUCCAUGGGCAGCCAGAUUGGUGGCCAGCUCUUUGAUGGAGUUGGCGCUCGUACCACCUUCGAAAUCUUUGGCAUUGUCGCCUUCAUAGUGUUCGUCAUCCAUGUCUGUGUCCAAUUCUACCUGCAGCGCAAUGGCCCAGCUGAAAAUGGCACUGUCAAAUAUUUCGCACCGACAGAUGCAAUGCACAUGCUGAAUGAACAGGAGUAUACAGGUCUUAGCUAAACAGCUCCUCCUCAUCCUUCUCUGUGAUCUGGCGAUUUACCGAAUUCGUAUGCUUGCCAGCGUGAAACGACACACAAUCAGCCAAGAAAACAAAAUCAAAAUAACAAAUCCAAUACCAAAUCAAGAGAAACACUUUUCCUGCUGCUGAAUCAGAACAAUUUCCUCAUCAAUUUGCAUGGCGAAUGCUAAAUAUUCAAUCUCGAUUGUAAUUAUAAUUAUUAUAUGUAAUUGUACUCUAAUUUUAGUAAUGCUAGCAACAAAUCCCUCUCACAUCCAAUAUUUUUGUUACACUAGUGCAUGCUUUUGCUAGGUUUAUGCGCCGCAGAUCGUGAAACAGAAGAGGUACAAAGAAAAUGUAUUUUCUGAAUGAAAUAAAGAAAAUAAGGAAAUGUUAUAGUAUUACUAGUUGUGAUAUAAAGAUUUCUUAUUAUUAGUUAAAUUCAAUUUGCUAGCUUAUCACGAUUUGCACGCGCAUAAACAUAGCUUUUAAAUAAACAUUGUUAAAUUUAAAUGGCAUGUCUUUAAAUUGUAUUGAAAACUCUAAAAUUGUGAAUGUUAAAUUUUUUUUUUUUUUUAGAAACUAAAAAAAGAAGCUUAAAGUAUUCAAUGUUGCUUAUGAAAUUGGCUUUUCAUGCAUGUGAAAAUUAUCUCGAAAGUAUUUUUCAAAUUAUAUAGACAACAAAAGAGUUACCUACUAUUCUCUUGUUUGUAAAUUGUCCUUUAUCAUGUGUAUUCGUUUUGGAUGUAAUGUUUAUUUAGCUCUUAGCUUAGAGUCUUGUCAGCCUUGGCAGUACUCAUUAUGUUUAAGUACUGCCCGAUUAUAACUAGUUUUAAUAUAUAUAAGUAACUAUAAAGCUUGUUAUAUCUAUGGCCCUAUGGCAACGGAUUGCCAAUGAGCGACUCCUCGUGCUGUUGCUUUUCGACUUUGCGCUGGUGUUCGCGUUGCUUACAGGCUGCGAUGUGUGCAGCUCGUUUCUGUAAUCAGAAAUACGAUACAUACAUAUAUAUAGAUAUACUUAGUUAUCAAUUGAUUAUGAUUGCAUGUGGUCUACUAGUUCGUACACACUGUUAAUUAUUGUUUUUAUGGUUUUAUGCUAUACAAUAAAGAUUCGUUACUUUGGUUUUCCUUGUA